AUGGAAACCCUAUCCACCAUCUCUCCGCCUUCCAGCAUUACUCCUCGCAAUAUGGACCCCAUUGCCUCUUUAAACUUCCACUUCUCUCUCCUCCCCAUCCCAUACUCAAUCCUGGGCACCUCUCCCACCUCCAAACUUCUCUUCCUCAACAUCACCAUUCUCGACUCUACCGGUCGUGAUCCAUUUCCCGGUGAUGUAUUGAUAUGUGGUGAACGAAUCAGCUUCGUGGGUUCUCUCUCCAACCUUGAGCGAGAAAAGUUACUCGAGGACCCACAUGUGCAGAUAUUCGAAGGGAGGGGUCGCACAUUAAUGAGCGGACUAGGGGAUGCUCAUACACAUCUCACAUGGAACGGGGGAGAUUUGAAUGCGCUUGGGGAACUGGCAUGGGAGGAUCAUAUGCUCCUUACGGCCAAGAGUGCGAAGUGUUAUUUGGAUUCAGGGUAUACUAUGUGUUUUGGAGCGGCAUCCGCAAAAGACGAUCUAGAUGUGGCCAUCCGCGAUGCUAUUAACGCGGGAGAUAGCCCCGGACCUCGGUACCUAGCCAAUGGUAUGGAGAUAGCGAGGAGAGAUGGAGAUUUAGUUCCAGGUAUCACAGCGUAUGCUGAUGGUCCAGAUGAAAUGAGGGAAGUUAUUAAAAAGCACGUUCGUCUUGGCGUCGAUCAGAUCAAGCUGAGUAUGAGCGGGGAAGAGGUUAGUCCGCCUCUGUUUCUUAUCAACCCUCAAACUAAUGGGAAUUAUGAGAUCACAGAAAAUAGAUCAGCUCAAGAUUGUUACUUCUCCGACGAAGAAACAGCAGCAUGUGUAGAAGAAGCACAUAAUCUCGGACGAAGACUCUGUGCGCACGCACGAGCUCGAGAUUCUGUAAAAAUGUGCGUGAAACAUGGCGUUGACGUGUUAUAUCACGCAUCCUAUAUUGACGAAGAAGGUAUGGAUAUGCUUGAAGCGAAAAAAGAUAAACACAUCGUUGCACCUGGGAUAAAUUGGCUGAUUGCAACUUUAAAUGACGCCAGCGAAUUUGGAUACUCGCAUGAGAAAGCCUCACAAGUAGGUUAUCGAAAGGAACUCGAAGCUGCCAUCCACGGUCUCCGAGAAAUGCACAAACGAGGAAUCGUGGUUCUUCCUGGAGGUGAUUAUGGAUUUGCGUGGACACCUCAUGGAACAUACGCACGAGAUCUCGCUCAUUUCGUAAAUCUUCUCGGGUUUACUCCUAUGGAAGCUAUCAUUGCUGCUACUGCAGGAGUGGCUAAGCUUUUCAUGAGAGAACAUGAGUUAGGGAAGAUUCAAGAGGAGUUCUAUGCCGAUUGUAUCUUGGUUGAUGGAAAUCCUUUGGAGGAUAUCACGAUUUUGCAGGACCAGGAGAAGUUGAAUGUGAUUGUCAUUAAUGGGAGAGUACAUAAGGGAGAGGGAAGGAAGUAG